CAGCGUGCGACAGAUAUGGAUGACGGUGUGCAGAACGGCUUGCAGCCGGACCAGCGGUUAUCAACCUUCGAGAAGGGAGAAAAACGCGCAAGCUCCCUUGGAAGCGGUGCGUUGCGGUUUAUUCGUACGCGUAGCAGUAUUCGGCGAGAGCUUAAGCGGCAGUGCCAUCGAAACAAGACUGGCAACUCCUACGGUGCUCAAGACAACCAUACUGGAGGCGGCGGAGGUGGUAUAGGAAAGUGGUUGCGCGAACAUCUCGGUGGCGGUUCCAAAGGAAGUCACGAUAUCACUUCCACAUUUUUCUCGAAGGGAAACAUAAAUACCGGCGAUAAUAGCGGAAACAAUAAAUCCUUAGGUAAAACGAUUUACACGUCGCAAAAUCUCUACUGCAGUCUGCCGAGAGAGCACGGUCGCUAUAUGCACAAUGCUGCCCGAAAAAUCAAUCACGGCAGUUUCGCGAAGCUUCAAGGUUACGAUCGGCCGCGAUCAAACAGCAUGAACCACCACGAGAAGUCCAUGUCGAGCGACCUCGGGACCUUGACGCGAGGCGGACCGAUCUACGGCAGCGAGGGUAGAAGCUUGAAGAAACGAAAUCGCGAUCGUCGUCGGCAUUCGCUUCACGAGACACAGGAUCAAGGACGCCAUCGUCGAAAAAGGUGUAUCCCGGAUGGCGGGGACGUCGGUUACACGAUGACGGAGUUGCAACCGUCGCCGCCAGGAUAUCGCGUCCAGGAUGAGGCCCCAGGCCCACCUUCCUGUCCCCCGGGGUCCUACAAGUACGCGAGCCACGGCCACGGGAGCGAGGCUGCCAAUUUCAAGAGUGCCACGUCGUAUUCUCAGGAAGGCUAUGGCCUUAAGCAGAGUCCGCCUCGGUCGGUGGCUCCUAACGAAUACUAUCGUCGCAGAAACGACGGGCGGCGAUCCGGCGGCACGGAGAACGAUCAGGAGGGCGGCGGCGGCGGCGGCGGCAAGAAGACUGCCGCGGUUGCCGGUUACAACGACGGUCACAAAAAGAAUACUCCGGGCUAUAAGAACGACAGCGGAUACAGCGAGAGUCUCGGAUUCGAUAGCUUCACGCUCCCGCUUAAUGAGAGGGACGAAGCUUCGCCACCGCCGACGCCGCCAGUCAGGGAUGCCUCCAGUCUCAAGGGCGUGUGUUACGGGCCGGGACACGAGAAGUAUCCGUCGUGGCCGAGCGCGCCUGAACGACACUCCGAUCAGGAUAGCCACAGCUCGGGACACAGCGGCUCUCAUCGCUCCAAGUCCUGGACCGACUACACCAACUAUCCGAAGGAGAAGCCAGCGCAGUACACCAGACCACACACGAAGAGGCCCAAUCCCACGUUCACGCAGCAGCUGAAGACGGUAAUGGAGCGUUGCGAGAAGAUCCCGGCCGAGACUUACGAGUCACGCAACAGAAGUGGUGUCGAGGAAGAACCGAGAUUGUGGCCGCGCGUGGAUCGCGAAGGUAAAGCUUUGGGAGAUGCGGAAUACGUGGUUCCGUCACCGCCGGAGCGAGAACAGCAAUCUCAGACUUUGAGUCACGCUGACCUGGAGGCUUACGUGAGAAGCUAUCAGGACCCUCAGGUGUCCCAGGUGGACCUCUAUCGCGAGACAAUCUUAACGCAAGCGGGUCUUGAAGAAUACACGAGGGUGCAGCAUUCUCAGCAGGCCAGCUACGCACAAUCCGAAGGAUAUCACAGUUACGUAUCCAGCGUGGAUUCUACGACGAACACGCCGUUUCUCGACAGAUUGAGAAGAGACAGCGAGGCGGUAGCACAAAGGCCCGCGGCGUCCUGGGAAGAGACCUCCCGAGAAGGAAGAGAUAGCGUAGUGACUACAUCCAGCGGCAGCGCAUCUAGCAGCGAGACUUUAAAAUGGCACGGCUCGAUGUCGGAUGUGAGCGUGUCGAGCGGUAUGCCACCUCGCCAAGGGGCAUCGGAUCGAUGGCAUCAUGGAUCCAUGUCGGACGUUAGCAGUGUGAACGGCGGGAUUCUAACUCAAAAACCUAGCAACGGUUGCCACGAGAAGUGGCAGAGUUCCAUGAGCGAUGUCAGCACGUCCAGAAUGGACUCGCCGGCGAAAGGAAGGCACAGCCUUGACAAAUGGCAGACUUCGAUGAACGAUCGAAACAAGCAGGGACAAGGCAGACCCAGCUUGCCGGCGGUCAUCGGCCACUGCACAACGUCCACGUCGAUUAAUGAUAUCUGUCAGACGUCGGCGGUCCGCGAGAGCAAGUGGCAGGAGUCUAAUAUCGAUGACGAUUCGCUGAACGACAGGUCACAAGCGGGUCAUCCGUGGGACAGUUCGGGCAGACUCGAAAACGACAAAUAUGUUCAACCGAUGCCGCAAAGCCCCACGCGCCAGCCAGCUGGAAUGGCGAGUCCGCAGAGUCCGGAAAAUUGGAAUUCGAUACACGGAUCGAUGUCCGAUGUGAGUCAAACUAACGGAAUUCAAUGCAGCAAGCAGCUGAUCGCUCACAGCGCGAGGGUGCAGACUCCUCAGCGGCAUCAUUCGGAAAGUGUGUUGUACUUGGAUCGGGAGCGCAAUCAACGGAAACUGUAUCCUGUCAGUACGACGCAGCCGCAAGAAUCCACGCAAUCUUCAAGAAUGACUUUAAACUCGCCGUCGCAACCACAGCUUUCGGUAGCUGAGCGUAUCAAUGAAUUGGAAAAGCAGCAGCAGCAACAGAUGCGUUACACUUAUUUAGACCCAGAGAAACGCCAUAGGGUGUCCGAUCCUACUUUGAAAGCGAUACAAAAGAAAGCGUUAUUAUCUUUUUAUGAGAGACACCAAGCGUCUUGGAGAUCGGAACCUCAGUUGACUCAGGGCUCUGCGCCAGCUUCUCAGAGUCCCCAGAGUCCUCAGAGUCCUCCGCCGCAACCUCCUCCUCGACCGAGGUUAUCCUCGUCCCGAAGAGCCAGUUCAGCGUCCGACUACGCGAGUGGUACAUGGAGGGAAAGAGCUCAAAAUCCAGAAAACGGCGACUUGCCGAAUCCCAAGCAUCAGCAUAGCAACAGUUGCAGCAGUCUCUCCACGGACUUGUUAGGUCCCGUGAUAGUCGGACCAGUCAUAUCGAUAGACGACUGGGUGCCCGAGAGGCCGCCUAAAAAGCCACACCUGAGAAACGUGUACAACGAACGUAUGCCCAGCCCCGACUUGCCGCCGCCGUCGCCGCCGACGGUCACGGAGAACGAGGUCCACGACUGCGACGAUCCACUGCCGCCCCCACCACCCGAGCUCAGCGACGAUUGUUUCGCGGAGACUCGUAAGUCCAACAACAUUCACCACCAGACGGAGGAAACGGCAAAGAUCAGUCGUGAUAGGUCAUGCGAGCGAUACAAAUCGGAAAGACACUCCGUGAAAAGAUCCAAACACGGCAUCAAGAGAGAUCACGAUAAGUCGACUGGCAAAUCCUCGCCGAAUUCGACGAAAUCGGGCGCGCAGGAACAGGAAGAUCGGCAUCAGUUCGGCAGAUCGUCCGCCGUGAAACACGUGGAUACCGAAAUGGUGCUGGAGAACGGAGUGUCGGCCGGAUUCGCUACGCACAGGAUGGUAGCGACAGGACGUUCCAGCUUGAGAUAUCCCUCCACUCAGAAGCUUAUGGUGAACGGAAGGAUAGCGCCGACGAGGAGGAUAUCGGAGGAAAGAUCUUUCGCAGCGAGACCGCCGGCGCAGCUGCCUGAUCUCAUAUCGCAGAGAUACAGCGACUCCGGGAAUCAGCGACCCGCCCCGCAAGUUCCGGUGGAACCGAGGAUUAUUCGGCAGGAAUCGAUGCGAGUCGACGGUACCCGCGUCGACGCGUCCGGUUUGUUAAGAAGCGAUUCCGGCCAGAGAUUGGAAUCUUCUUCAGGUCAGAGACCGCAACCCCAAGUGCCUAAAAGCGCGGAGAAAAACGUCACCGUGGCUCCGUCGUCGCGACCGAGUUAUCUGUCGGUGACGGAGGCCGCGAAGACUCCGUCCAAGUACGUGAAGAGCGGAAAUCACAGCUUCUCCCUCGGCAGCCCGGUGAAAACAGGAUACGAAGCCAGCUCGAAACUAUUCCCCUCCGAGUCGAGUCCGCAGAAAUAUCACGAGCCGCCGAAAUACGUUCCUAACCAUCAUCAACGUCCCAGCGACGUGACGCAGAGAAAUUACUACGCGCUACCGCCGAAGUACGUCGAUCUAUCGAAGCAGAAACCUCAGCCGCAGUGCCCGACGACAGAACGAUACAGCGCGGACUCUCCCAGUUCUCCGCCGCCGCCUUUGGCGCCGCGGCAGAACACGCCCGGCAGAAAGUCCUUGCCGCCUCCGCCGAGACCCGCACCUCCGCACGCCCAUCAAGGGAGCCAAUCGAAGGCAUCCUACUUGGCUUACAGACGAGAGCGCGGAGCUCCCGACAGCGAAGGUAGCUACAAGCGAACGAUGUCGCCGACCUCUCGGAUGGACGAUUGGCCGCCUCCUAGGGAUCACGAUGAUCCCGUACUCUUACGUGUCACACCGCAUCAUCCGUUACAACAGCAGCAUCAUCACCAUCACAACAAUCACCAUCAACAGCAUUCUGAUCUCCCCAAGUCGCACAGCGUGGACGCUCUCCAUCAUCGAUUGGAGGAGAGGUGUUCUCAACAGCAGCAACAUUCGGCGGAGGUGGUCAAUAAACUCUCGCACGAACUCAGCAAAAAACUGCAGACCAGCGACGCGAGAUCUCGCGCUAACGAAAAUAAUAAUAACGACAAUCUCGAGGACCGACAUCAUCAUCAUCAUUAUCAGGAAAAGAGGCAUCCGGAGAAGAGACACGAUUACGAACAACGCAGGGAAGGACUAUCGCCACAAAGUGUGGAGGUCCUUAAUGACAGGAACAGGCAGCUGGAACGGGAACGUCGGAAGUUGGCAGCGAGCUGCGAGCCCCUACCUCAAAAUAGAGAGAAGCAGCUACGAGAAAUUAGUGGCUCGCUCCCGAUGACCGGCGACGACUUUUUCCGCGAGAGAAGCGCCACGAUCGAGAUGACCUCGCAGAAUAUCGAACUGUUAAACCGUCGUAAUGAGAAGAGAACGAAUGGCAUAUCGACGUCGAACAACACGAUAUCCACGUACUCCAUGAGCACCACGACGUCGUCAAUCGCCACGACGGUGAUGGCGAAUUACGAUAACGGUUGGACCAGAGGACUCGAGACACAAAAUUCAAUAGAAGCUACCAUUUUUAACGAUAGGCCGCCACCACCGACGAGUUCGCCGCCAAGAUCACCGAACAAUGUCGAAGCUGCGGGCCGACGAGGAGCUGUUCCGAGACGAUCGGGAAGCUGCUCAAGCUCUUCUUCCUCGGGACAGUCAAUUGACGCCCGCAUAUCGCCCCGAACUUUCCUGUCCAGAUCAUCGCCGAAGAGCUCUCUCGACUCUCUCGCGAGAAAGGAAGCCCGGAUAGAGUGUGUCUCUAAUAACAGAAAAGUCUCCAGUCCGACUCAAACGGAUAACACGAGUUUCUGGAACAGAACUAAUUCGCCGAGUCGGCUGAGCCAAACGAGCGACUCGGAAUCGCGCAUCGAGAGAUCAUCCUCGAGAUACAGGCUCGGCGGCAGAUCGUCCGCGUCCUCGAUCUCAAGCGUUUCCAAAGCUUCCACCUCCUCGUCGCCGAGGAACUCGCCGAUCGAGGAGGACAAGUCGUCGCCGACGUCGUCGCUUUGCGUGUCGCCGCAACCGGGCAUCGAAGGACUGACGUUGGUGCAGCGCACCGAAGUCGUGCUCCGAGUGAACGCGGCCACCAGCGACGCCGCUUCGCAGACCGACAUCUUGGACUUAAACAAGCGGCAGAAAUUACCGGAGGAGAUCGAGUGCGAGGAAUUCGUCAAAGACUUAGUCGGUCAACUCAGUCCCAACGAUAAACUGUUGUCCAUACUCGUUCCAGCGCCGGAGCACAAGAAAGCCACCGACUACAUUUCCGGCCUGUUCAGGGUGGAGGCGACCUUGCAGCCAAGACCAAAGCGACGGCUUUCCCUGGAAGAGUCAACGACCUCCUGCGGCGAGGACGCGGACACGGACGAUAAAAAGCACGAAACGAUACCCUCGGCUCCCGUCACGCCACUGUCAGCCGAGCCUACCAGCCCCCUGUCCCCCGCUUCGGCUUAUUUCACGACAUCCGAGGGAAAGGCUACGUUCCUGACGAGAUACUCGCGGGACGUCACGGCGGAGGGAUUAACACGUCAAGAGGAUACGCCGGCGGUUGUACCGACGAACAGCCUUGACCUUAGGCAGAUGAAGGAGGAGCUGAUGAUACGGCUCGACAGGAAGUUGGUAGGCCUUAGGGCCGAACAGGAGGCUGUAAGAGAGGAAGUUGAGGUGAACGAAACUCUAGGUGCCCGAGUUGGUGCGCGUGUUUCCGCCGUGGCCCGUCCGCCGGAAGCGUCAAAGUAUCGGAAUCACGUGGAGGAAGUCGGCAAGAUUAUGAGUCUUCUUCUUGGUCUCAGCGAUAGGUUGGCUCGCGCUGAGAACGCCCUUCGUAAAAUGCCGACCGAUCACGCGGAGAGAAAUAUUUUAGAGAGCAAACGGAACAAGCUAAUGGUUCAAUUGGAAGAAGCGAAGAUUUUGGAAAACAAUAUCGAUAAACGCAGCAAGAACGUAUCGGAAAUUGUAAAAAAGUACCUGAGCAAUGAGGAAUGUGCUGACUACCAGUAUUUCAUCAACACGAAGGCAAAACUGAUACUGGUCGGUCGCGAGAUACAGGACAAGGUGAAGCUCGGCGAGGAGCAAUUAGCCGCGUUGAAAGAGGCAAUUGACUAGUCGUAACAAUGGACUUAAACGCUAAGUUAUUGUGAGAUCGAUUCGUAAAUAACCGUGCAUUUCCAAACGUGAACAAUGGAAAAAUUUUACAUAAUGAGUCAAUUUGACUCG